AUGAAAGAUUGGCAUACUGAUGACCAAAAGAGUGCACAUCUAGAAAAUGAAAAAAACUGCAGUGAAUCCGUGGUCAGAAACGAGCCAAUGCAUAGAGUAGAACCAUUGAAGGACAACAAUCAUGUAACAAAUAGAAAAAGUGAAAAUGAAAUAAACAGAAAUGAAGGUAUCGAUAAUAUGGAUAACGAUGAAAAGGUGAUAAUAAUUGAGAACGAAAUUAACAGAUCUUCAAACAAAUCGUAUAAAUUAGGAAAUAUGAUAGGAAAUGGUAGUUUUGGGGUGGUUUAUGAAGCUAUGUGUUUAGACACGUCAGAAAAAGUAGCUAUAAAAAAAGUUUUGCAAGAUCCACAAUAUAAAAAUAGAGAAUUAAUCAUAAUGAAAAAUCUAAGUCAUGUUAAUAUAAUAUAUUUAAAAGAUUAUUACUACACAGAAUGUGUAAAGAAAAAUGAAAAAAAUGUGUUCUUAAAUGUAGUUAUGGAAUAUAUUCCACAAACGGUGCAUAAGUAUAUGAAAUAUUACGCAAGAAAUAAUCAUUCUCUACCUCUCCUUUUAGUGAAGUUGUAUGCAUAUCAGCUAUGUAGGGCUUUAGGUUAUCUUCAUUCGAAAUUGAUAUGCCAUAGGGAUUUGAAACCACAAAAUUUAUUAGUUGAACCCAAGACACAUACUUUAAAAUUGUGUGAUUUUGGAAGUGCCAAAAAUCUAUUAGCUGGACAAAGAAGCGUUUCUUACAUCUGUUCAAGAUUUUACAGGGCACCAGAGUUGAUGCUGGGUUCGACUAGCUAUACAACACAUAUUGACUUAUGGUCCUUAGGGUGCAUAAUCUCUGAAAUGAUUUUGGGGUAUCCGCUCUUUUCAGGUCAAUCUAGUGUUGACCAGCUAGUUAGAAUAAUUCAAGUACUAGGCACUCCCACCGAAGAACAAAUGAAAGUAAUGAACCCAAACUAUGCUGACAUAAAAUUCCCUGACGUAAAGGCGAAGGACUUGAGAAAGAUUUUUCCGAAGGGUACAUCAGAAGAUGCCAUAAAUUUUGUAUCCCAUUUUUUGAAAUAUGAACCCCUAAAACGGCUCAAUGCAAUUGAAGCACUAGCGGAUCCCUUUUUUGAUGAACUGCGAGACCCUUGCAUUAAACUUCCAAAAUUUCUGGAAAAACUUCCAGAACUAUUCAACUUUUCGGAUGAAGAAAUUAAAGAGAUGUCUGACUCAUGUAAAAGAAAAUUGUUACCCAAAGAUACCUACGAAAAAUACAAAGAUUAUAUAUUAAAUAAUCCAUGUGACAAUGAAAAUAUCGCAGAUAAUAUAUUAAAUGAAUGUAAUGAAACCAAUCUGGACAACAACGUCAGUCGAGCAGUAAACCUCGCAUAA